AUGGGAGGAAGAAAGGGAAAGAGACGAGAAGAAGAGCGAGAGAUGAAAGCUACAAAAGAAGGAACAGAAAGAGCAAAUAAGAAUGAGGCAGGGAGGAGAGUAACAGGGAAGAGCAGAACGGAAACGAGAAAAGUGGAUAACAGAAGAGUGAAAAAAGAACAGAAGAGAAAGGACGAAAAUAGGGGAAAAGAGGGGCGGAAAAAAGAGAAAGCCGGUGGAGAAGGAAAGAGGAGAAAAAGUGGGAAAGGAAGCCAAAAAACUAGAGAGAAAAAAAUUGAGGCAACGGCACACAGCGAGGUACAGAGAGAAGGGAUAGAAAGAGAGUAA